CAGCUCGGCUACACACAAGUUGUGUUUGUUCAGGCAGACGUCAGCUUGGAAUUGUUUAACUUUCAGCAAAUGCAUAUAAAUAUAGCUAACAUAACAUUUAUGUCGGUUCGCCUUUCUUUUUGAAUGUAUCAUUCUGAUAGAGAUAAACUCUCGAGUUAACAGGGAGUGUUUAUUCCAUUAGAUUCCUGAACGAGUGCUAGCUUACCCGGCUAGCUCCCUGCCUGCUUCAGCUCUGUUUCAGUGCGGAUAUGGGACGAGGAGCGGGAAGGGGCCGACCUCCUGUUGGUCCGCCCGGCGAAGACGGACCUCCGCCCGACAUGGGUCCGCCAGGCUGGGGCCCCCCGCCACCGGAAGGCUGGGGCCCCCCGCCGCCGGAAGGCUGGGGCCCGCCGCCGCCUGGAGGAUGGCCUCCGCCGCCAGGUGAAUGGGGACCGCCGCCGGCCGGUGGUUGGGGGCCAACACCGCCAGGUGGGUGGGGCCCCCCGCCCCCUGGAGGGUGGGGGCCUCAUCCACCUGAAGAAUGGGACCCGAGAGGCCCUCCUCCUCACGGCUGGGGACCAAGAGGACCACCACCGCCGGGCUGGGGGCCUCAUCCCGAUGACUGGCUGCCACCUCCAGACUGGAGACCCCCUCACCCCGAUGAUUGGAGACCCCCUCACCCCGACGAUUGGAGACCCCCUCACCCCGAAGAUUGGAGACGUCCUCAUCCGGACGACUGGAGGCCCCCCCACCCCGAAGACUGGAGGCCCCCCCACCCCGACGACUGGAGGCCCCCCCAUCCCGAAGACUGGAGACCUCCUCCCGAUGGCUGGCGACCACCUGGGUGGGGUCCGGAAGGUCCCCCUGAGCCAUGGGGACCCGAGCCUCUUCCACCAGGACCUGUACCACCAGGACCUGUACCACCUAUCCCUCCUCCUGUUGGGAUCCCUCCACCGGACCCCGCAGCCUUUGGACCGAUGCCCGUACCUCCUGUCCCCCCUCCAGCCAUUCCUCCCAUUGGGUUUCCAGCAUACCCUCCUCCAGGCUGGACUGGAGAGCCUGUUGUAGAAGAACCACUGCCAAACCCACCUCCAGAUCAGCCUGAGUGGAUCAAAGCGUUGAUUUCCGCUCCGGGCUCCGAGUCGACUCCGGGGGACACUAAAAAGUCCACAGAGGAGCCCCCUGUCUCAGCUGCAGUGGCUGAACCUGCUUCUGCCAUUGCCCCUAAGCCUAAACCUAAAAAACCCAAACAACCCAAACCUAAGCCUGACACAAGCAAGACCAGUAAGGCCCUUGGCUUGCUGGGAAAACGUAUAUUUGAAAAGCCUCCUCCAGGCAGGUCCACAGGGAUUAUAUCAUUCAUCGGGCCGACCUUCGGCUACAUCGAGAGAGAAGAUCUAGAGAAGUUCACUUUCAGCUUCGCCGCCUUCUUUGGAAACCCCAAAGCCAUGACGCCCGGGGUCAGAGUUCACUUCACAGCCUGCAAAGAGAAGAACAGUCUCAUAGCCACGGAUGUCAAAGUGGCUCCAGGUGGAACGGAGAACGUGGACACAGAAAUCUACGAGGCGGUGGUCAGUCAGCCCAUCCAGGAGCCUCAGCCUGGCGAGCGUCAGUACCCUGGUCAGGUUCAUGUGAACAUCGGACCUCUGAGGACGAACCUGACGUUUGACAGGAAAGACAGCACGGUGACGCUGCUGAAGGACGACCAGGUGCUCAUCAAUCUGCUGACUGACAUCGUCAGCGAGAAGAGGAGAGCCACCAACAUCAAACCGAAAAUCCCUUCAACAUUUGAACAAACAAAGGAGGAGAGGGAGGAGGGAGUCAUCCUCAGCCUGAAGGACAGUGAAGGUGUCAUAAAGUCUGAGAAACACGGCGAGCUACCUUUUGAUAUCAAAGAGAACUUCAGCGACGUCGAGUUUACUGCUGAGGACGUCAACGAGGAGGUCGAGUUCACCCUCAUCACGCUUAAGACAGGGAAGAGGGCCAUCAGGAUAAGGCGGGUGAAGGAACCCCUCCUCCUGACACUGUGCUCGGCCACCGCAGCCGUUGCUGCCGCCCCUGACGACGCCGGCGCACAAAACUCUGACAGCGACAGUGACGGUGACAGUGACGAUGAGUCUUCCAAGCCACUGAAGUUCAAGACCACUACCAAGACGGAUCUGGCCCCCAACAUGAAGCUGGAUACGGAGCUGUACGAGGGCAUCGUCAGCCAGACAAUUAUCGAGCCCACGCCCACCUUGCCAGGUUACCCGGGUCAGAUCCACGCCAACAUCGGCCCUGUGAGGACCAACGUGACGUUUGACCACCGGGACUGCGGAGUCACGCUGCUGAAGAAUGACCACGUGUUGAUCAACCUGCUGGUCGACGUCGUGACCAGGAAGAGGAGAGCGGCAAACAUCAAACCCAAAAUCCCGUUCACCUUCAGCUACACCAAAGAGAUCAGAGAGCUGGGCAUCAUCACUUUUCUGGGACCUGAACAAGGUAUUGUAAACUCUGAGGAGCACGGGGAACUUCCUUUUGACAUCUGGGAGAACUUCAGCGAGACAAAGUUCAACAGCUCGGACAUACACAAGGAAGUGGAGUUCACGAUGGCCGUGGUCAAAUCUGAAAAGAGAGCCAUUAGGCUACUGAGGACAAAGAGGGUUGAGGACAAGAUCCUGGAGGAGCAGAAAAGACGAGAGGAGGAGGAGAAGAGGAAGAAACGGGAAGAGGAGGAGAGGAGGAGACAAGAGGAGGAGGCGAGAAGGAGGAGGGAGGAAGAAGUGAUGGAGCGAGAGAGAGAGGCAGAAAGGAAGAAGAAGGAGGAGGUUGCAGCAGCGCUUGCUGCGGCUAAAUGCAAGUGGACGCCGCUUGGUUUCAAAAUAAGACAUCCUGACACAUUGGACGACAUCAGCAAGGAGCGAUUCGAAGGCACCGUCCUCAAAUCCAUUUCUAAAAAUCCACACAAGGUGAUCAAGAAGGAGCCAGAAGAGGGAAAACAGGGGAAUCAUGAUGAGAAUGGGAAAACUGUUCCCGAACAGGUCAAGAUUAAAGUUGAAAAAAUGGAUGAAUCUGAGUCAGAGGGCAAACCUGAAGGAGAGGAGAAAAAGAUAAAGGAGGAGAAUGAAAAGGAGAAUAACGAUCAGUCCAGUGACGCUGGAGGUGGAGUGAAAAUCAACCCAGAUAUGGGUCGACUGGUGAUGACCAUCAACGGUCAACAGAAACAGCUUCCAUUUGGGCCAGAUGACAUGCUGAGCACCGCCACCAUGAUGGAUGGAGACAAGGUACGCUUUAACAUCGCCACCCAUCAGGAGACCAAAGAAGAACGAGCCACCUUCGUAGAAAUUCUGCCCGACUCCUUUGAAGAGUCCAUUGAACAACGGCGACACGGGAUUGUGAUCGAGUUUAUGAAGGACUCUGGGCUCAUCAAGUGCUCUCAGAACCCUCAGCUCUACUUCCACAUGGCAGAGGUGAUUGAGAAGAAGAGACUGGAGCUGAACGAGAAAGUCGAGUUCAGUGUCGUCCCGCAUGAAACGGCGGAGGGAGGGAACCAGGCCAUCAGGAUAAAACGUUUCACUGAGAACGUUUUCCUUCCAGUAAGGAAAUUGGGCGGUGUCGGGGCAAACAAAGGCAAGAUGACCAUUAAGCUGACAAAAGCUUCAGAGGAAACCGAGAAAGAAAAACCAGAGGCAGACAAGAUGAAGGCGGUGGUGAAAAACCUUCGAACUCAAGACAGCAAGAGUAGUAUUGGCAGAAGAGAUUACAAUACCCCUCGACAUAGAUAUGGUCGGAGCAGGAGCAGAAGUAGGAGCAGGAGUCCGAGUAGGAGUCGGGUCAGGAGUAGAAGCAGGAGUCCACGCAGAGACCAUUUUGGACGUAUCACCAAAAAGAGACGCAGCACCAGCAUUGAACGUAAAAGCAGCAGAUAUAGGCGAAGCAGAAGCCGAGAGAAGUCUAAUAGACGCACUAAAAGCCACACUAAGAGCCGCAGCAGGAGUAGCAGCAAAAGCAAAAGCUCCAGCAAGAGCCGCAGCAGAAGCCGCAGUCGGAGCAGGGAGAGAAGCAGGGAGAGAAGCAGGGACGUGUCCAGCAAGAAAAGGAGCAAACUUAGCAAGGAGCGCGAAGAAACUUACAAGAGGAGAAGAGAGUUGAGCCCUCCUCCCAGACGUGCCGUAAUGGAUGACGAGCUGGCAAGGAAGAAGAGGGAGCUAGAGGAGCUCAAUGAGAUGAUAGCCUACAAGAAGGCCCUUGUUGAUGUAGACCCAAGAGGCCUGGACCCUGGACAGAGGACGUGCAUAGACUAUGACCAUGGCAGGAUCUCUGUCCCACUUACUGAGUACAAACCUGUUCGAUCCAUCCUUAAGAAAAGACCAGAGGAACCUGAGUACCUCCAUCGUCCUCCUCAACCUUAUGAUGAUCGUUACUAUGACGGGCCAUAUGAUCCUUACUCAGAUCGACGUUAUGGGGACCGCUACGGUGAACCAUACGCCGGCCGUGCCUACUCUGAUCGGCCUUAUGGUGACCGUCCUUAUGGAGAUCGGCCCUUUGAAACUCGUCUCUAUGGUGAAGCUCCCUAUGGUGGCCCUCCGCCUGCAAGCUCCCGUUAUACCGAUCGCUACGAUGUUUAUGAUGAACCCUAUGAUGAUCGCUACUCUGACCCAGCAUAUGCAGACCGACGACCAGAUGAUCUGUAUCACCCAAUAAAACAGAGCCAUUCUACUGAACCCCAUAGUUCUUCAACUUCUGUUGGCCCUGUUGCCACCAACCAAGCAGCCCUGCCACAUACUGUUGCAAAUGUAUCUUCCCAACCCCCUCUUAGACCUCCUUCUCCCUCUGAGCCGCCUCCUAGAAGCCCUUCUCCCAAACUGAGGACAACAACACGCCAGUCACCUCCAGCUGAGAAACCACCCCUUGAUCGCUUUCUUGACAUGCUUAAUAAAAAGGCGGAUGCAGAAAAAAAAUCUGAACCGGUUUACAUGAGUGAUGAUCUGUUGCCUCACGAGCGAGCACUUCAAGAUGGAAGGGGUUUUUCUCGUAUUGUGGGAUUGGCUCAAGAGCAACCCACCACAAGUCUACCUUUGGAAGGAGAAAAAAGCCAACCAAGGCCUAUGCGGUCUUCAUAUGAGCGAACAAGUGAAGAACCACAGAGCAAGGCAGAACCCUACGACAAGAUCCAGAGUCUACUCCGCACAAUUGGCCUAAAGCUGAGUACGGGAGAUAUGUCCAAACUGGCAAUUCGAGCCCAAGAGACAAUCUAUACCCCAAAAUCAUCAUCGACAGAGCGAGAGGCUUUAUCCUCCACAGGAGAAGAACUGCGAAGAUGUAGAACUGGUUCUGUUGAAUCAGAUCACAUCCAUUCUAUCUCCUCAGCAAGGUCCUCCAGUUUGGAGCCACUCAGCAGACAUAAAGCCUAUUCAGAGUAUGAAGGAUUUUUGGACCAGCAGGAGUUGGGGGCAUUGAAAAAGGCGCAACAGAUGCAGAGUCUUACCAAGACCAUGGGAAGCACACCCACUGACAGUCCUCAAGUGAAACCUCCCCCAGGGCCUCCCCCACCAGUCAACUGGUCCAUUAGAGUUACUUCCCCAAAUCCCCCAGCACAGAGCCCCAUACCGCCCAGCAUGGGUACUGUAGCUCCUCCUGCUGCAGAUAAACCUACUCUAGGCCCUCCGCCUGGACCGCCUCCUGGGCCUCCUCCACGGCGCCCUGGACAGCCUCCUCCAGGUCCUCCUCCUGGACCGCCUCCUGGGCCUCCUCCACGGCGUCCUGGACAGCCUCCUCCAGGUCCUGCUCCUGGGCCUCAACCCCAUCACCCUCCAGUACAACAUCCUUUCUCUACACUCUCAAGUCAUAGUAUCUCUUCUUACAUUAGCCAGUCUCCUGCAGCUUCACUCCUUAGUUCCUCCAGUGCUUCACAUCCUGUAACAACUGCCUUAGUAACCUCACCAUCAUCAACACCAAUAACAUCCAGUUCUGCAAGUGAGGAAAAAUCAACGAUCUCUACAACUGUGGCCAGAUGCCUGAAGGUCAUUGAGACAGUGAAAUCUCUAGCUCUGCAGCCACCGGCGAAACCAGUCAAAUCAGUCCAGUUCAGUUUACCCACAGAGUCCCCAUCAGCCUCCAGUCCUCAGACAUCUGCAGAGACUGAUGAUGACAUAAAGAACAAGCAGAAGGAGAAGCUUGAUAUGUAUAACCAGAGGAUUCUUGAAAAAAGGGAUCAGCAGCACAAGGAGAUGCUGGCCCGUAGGAGAGAGAAGAACAAGGAUGGCACACUGAUCUCCCCAGGUUCCAGCCCAGGUGAGGCCCAGGAUGAGUCGAGGACUCAGCAGAUGAACUGAAUGCUUCUAUCAGAAACCUCUACUCAGUCUGCGCUGCAGAAGAAUCUCAGACUUAUCCACAAAAUGUAUAGAAACUUUAUAUUGUCCUUAAGAUUUCAGACCACACCACCACAGAAAACAGCACUUUAUAAAGGUGCUAAUCAUUCACAUAAAAAUAUCCACAGAUAUAUAUUUUGUUCAAAGUGUUGCAGGUUGUUCCUCACUUAUCUAACUACAUAUCAAAUAAUUUUAACUAUCUGAAUAACAACUGUCAGAUGUGUCAGUUAAACUACAUUACAUAUGAAUAUUCUAUAUAAGCACAAACCCAAUGAAGAAAAAGCAGGUUUUAACACAGGACCCUCCUCCCUCGCAAGAUAUUAAAUAAAAUGAGCACACAAAGCAGUGAUAAACCGUAAAUUUGCCGCUCAGGGCUGUGAAGGUUAGUUGCAGUUUCUGCCACUGAUGGUGGUUCUAGCCUUGGGUGUUCUGCACCUUAUAGGUUGAUGACCCACUUGACCAAAACAGUCUAGUGUUUCUGGGUUGUGACACCACAGAUUUCCAUUCAUAAUUAGAUAAAAUGGCCAAGUGAACCUGGAUUUUGAUAUAAAACAUCUGACAAGUUUUUAAAAAAUCAGUUUUCUCCUUGACCACAUAACCCGUGGCCAUAUGAAGGGAAAAACUGAGGAAUAAGAAGUGAUAAGCUUCUAUUGUACUUCAGGUGAAUAUUAAUGUAACUAGCAAUUAGUCCAUUAUGACUCAGGCUAAUUUACAGAAAACAUCAAACAAUCGUGAAAAUGUCAGUCACCUAACAGCUCAACAAAGUUACUGGAUAACAUUUCAUUUUUUGUGACAGUAAACCCAAGAGAUAUGCACCUCAUAAUCAAGUAUGACAAAAGUGACAAAUCUUCACUUUCAAGAAGGUGGAGCUCGGUAAUGUUUGUGAGACAAUCGAAUAUUUCAAGGAGGCUUAAGAUUGACUUUCUUUCAACUCAUUGUGUUCUGCCACUUCGCAGUGAUAUUCAACAACUAUUAGAAAGGCAGAAGUGUUGAGCCUGUCACUAGCAUCUUGAUGUUCAUAAACAGAGAAUUCACUACAAUCUCAUUUCCAGUGUUGGACUGUGUAUGAAUAUUGUGGUCUCUUUAAAUGGAGAUAGCAUCCAAACACUAUUUGAUUAUUCAUAAUGAUAUUAAGUGCCAAUAAAGACAAAUCUAUUUACCUUCCUGCAAUUUACACCCCUAUGGACAAGUUUACUGAUAUUCUGUUCAGAAACUAAUUAGUAAUUUAUUCAUCCUGUAUUUUUUUGUGUACUGAUGAUGUGUUCAUUUUGUGUACAAAUCAGUGUGUUUAAAUGUCAAAGGAAAAGUCCACACACACUUCCACAUUUUCUAUACAUUUUUAAAUGAUGAGACUCUUAAGUAUAGCUUUCAGCUUUUAUUUACUGAAACAAAACAUGUACCUAUAAGUGAAGUGUAAUUCAAAACGUUUGAAGACAAUCACAUUGUGAUUUUAAUUUUUCCCACAUCAAAAAUGCCCACUUAAAGGAAAAAAAAUGAUUCUGCAUACUUGUUGACUAAAGUGUAUAUAUUUUGAUGUCCUCUAUGAGGAAGUUGUAUUCGUUAUUUGUAAUAAUUGUAAUUAAUGACUGCAACAUCAGAUGUAGUUUAAAAAAAGCAAGCAGCCUUCAGUUCAAGAGCAUUUUUUUUAAAUACUGUACUAAUGUAUGUAUGGUUGUCAGGGUAUUUUCCAUUACCCAAGUAUAUUUGUAAUUUUUGUGCCACUUCUUCUAUUCCACAUUUCCUCAAUUAUCUGAUGUGUUAGUUACCUAACAGAUCACUAUCUUAAACAAAAAUGAUGAUCUUUAAAAUGUACAAUUUUAAAAAUAAAAGGUUGCAAUUGUAAAGUAACACAUCAAUCCAUUCUGCUAACUUUCUGAAAACUUCCAUCUCUGGAAAAAUGGAGGGAUUUGAAGUACCAGAUUAUUGGUAAUUGACAGGUGGCUAAAAGGUUCAACUAUCAACAUACUCUUGGCAAUGCUUUGAUGCAUUGUGAAAAUACAUGGGGAUGUCAAAACCUUUGUACUGUCUGAUGUACUGAUAUUUGUUUGUUUUUUUAAUUAAAAAAAAAUCUCUUAAGCAAUAAAAAAAAAAGCAUGAAUGGUUCUUGAAUGAAUUUUUCUGUUGUUUGUAUUUAUUUCAAACAUAUUUUGUGCCAAUUAAUAAAAUACAUUACAGUUCAAUCAAA